AUGGAGGAAGUGCAGCACAGCCUAGUGAACAAUGGCUCCAACAUUAUCCCUACGCCCAAAGCAGAUGACGAUGCAGGACACUUCGAAACGAAUGACAGCAAUGGGCUGGUCGAUGAGAAGCAGCCGAACGAGGUACGACACAACGAUAUAGGGUUUGCAAGAAACGCACAAUGCAACGCCGAAAUAUCGCAAGAUGUUGGGUUCUCCAAGACCGCCGAGGCUUUCGACCCUGUAGGCGAUCGUAGGAAAAGGCGGAAAGUUAGUGUUGAGCCGAACAUUCAUCCAGAUGCAAGCAGUGACUCUGCUGUUGGAGAAGUCGUGAACAUGGAUACUGGGGACCACUUGCAGGCUGAAACAACGCAGCAACGAAUGUCCGAUGAUGUUGCGACUCCUUCCAUUCAACCAACUCCAGUAACUCCCAAAAGGCGAAGAGGGCGACCACCAAAGACUAGUACUUCUAAAGGCCAACAAUCUGCCCUUCCUGAUGUGUCAAUAAAAGACCACAGCGAUAUCACCCCGGCCAUUCCGGAGUCCAAAAGGACUCCGAAGAAGAAAACAAUUCAGCUCAGUGGCAAUGGAACGCUACUAUCAGGUUCUGAAACGGCGCCGAAAGACAUUACCACACAAACCGACGCACGAAAGUCUACAAGAAUCACAAAUGGCAAGAAAGUUGUUCUGAAAAAAGGCAGGCUGGCACAUACGUUAGUGGUGAAGAUCAAAUACCACAAUCAAGGCAAUACAGGAAAGAGCAUCGAUACUAUACUAGCCAAGGAGCCGAGCGCGCAUAACCAGCUCAACGACAAGAACCCAAUCUCUGCAAACAUACGUUCGAGCACCACAAGCAGAGUCACUCAUCCCUUCUUCCUCGGAAAGGUAGCACCACAACCGGAAAGCAGUCUCUCAAGUUCGCUGAACCAGGACGCGCAAGCACAACAAAAUAAUGAGGUUGUCGAGGUGAAGAAGCCAGUGGCAUGGAAAGAUAUUGUCUUCCAUUCGAAAAAGCCUGCACUACACCGAGACUCCAAUCUGCAGAAACCAAUAUGGCCUCCAAACGUUUUCCAGCAUGUCGGCGUUCCGCAAAGGAGGGAAUAUGAAAGUCAUGGCAUACCACAACAGCUCAGUAAACAGAAACACAGGGCGCGUACUGUAGUCACUGAUGAGCAGGACUCCGUUCUCAGACGCUACCAACAACGGCUGCUCUCUGCGAACAACAGUCACCGUACUGGGUUGAUUGCCCCCAAAAGAUUGUUUAGCACAGCUGAGUCAGCCUUGUAUGGCAUGCCUACUCAUGGCCUCGGUCACAACCACGUGCAUGCAAUUUCAGGAGCGAGAAACAAGGCGCUUUCUGAGUUAAGUGCCUUUGACCGUAUGAAAGCGCCUGGACCACUGCCCUGGGCACAGCAGCACUGUCCUACAACUUGGGAUGAGGUUCUGCAGCCGUCUUGUCGUGAGUUACACGAUUGGCUUCGUGGACUCGCAGUUCACAAUGUCAAGCAAGGGCUCAAUGACACACGCCAAAAGUCGUCUACUCGACGAAGAAAGAAGCCGAAGAAAAAUGGGGAACUUGACGACUUCAUAGUCGAUGACGAAGACGAGGACAUCAAGAAGGUCAAGAAUGCUAUUCUCAUCGUUGGUCCCAAUGGCUGCGGCAAAACAGCAUCAGUGUAUGCAGUGGCAAAACAGCUCGGAUUUGAGGUCUUUGAGAUACACGCAGGCAUGAAACGCAGUCAGAAGGAUAUUUUCGAUCGUGUUGGUGACAUGGCUCAAAACCACAUGGUGCAGGGAGGUCACAAUGCAAGUCGAGACUCGAGCGUUUUGCCUGACCUUGAUAUGUCAUCUAGUCAGGAGGACCAUAAUCAGCCAGGGGUUGCAGCACUCUUUGCUGGUGCCAACAAGAAGCCCAAGACUGAUUCAAGGUCUUCCGCGCCAAUGCCCGCCAAAGAGCAGAAACAGUCAUUGAUACUGUUCGAAGAAGUGGAUCAAAUUUUUGAAGAGGAUAGAGGAUAUUGGUCAGCUGUGCAGUCCUUGAUCGAGAAUUCGAAACGGCCAGUAAUUCUAACCUGCAACGAUCCGCAGAGUGUGCCCAAGAAUGAGCUAGAUCUCUACACCACGCUUUUCUAUGAAGCACCAGCGCCUGCUGUGGUAGCCGAGUACCUGGUAUAUAUCGCAGCCAUUGAGGGUCAUCUCAUCGACAAGAAUGCAAUUAAGAGUCUAUACUGCAGCAAAGGUUAUGACCUCAGGGCUACGAUGAUGGAGCUAGAGUUUUGGUGCCAAAUGACGGUCGGAUCCGAGAGAGCAGGUCUGGACUGGUACCCGAAAUUCACAGCAAAGCCCGAGAGCACAGCAGUUAAGCUACGCACUUUCAGUGAAGACCAGUGCUUGGACGUACCUUCCAACGAAUACUUGGAAAUGAUGCUCGCCAAAGCUCUACACGUAGACACGACCUCAAUACAGCAGGCACUAGAAACGACCGAGCUCCUCAGCGACGCGGAGAUGCUAGACUCGUCAGUCAGACCAAUACUAGCUGCGAAGAUGUGUCGUUCCGCGAUGCUCAAUCAAGCAGAGUUGAGGUCAUUUGUCUUCAGCAAGGUCGCCACGCAUAACACGCUGGACAAGGAGAAUCACGCUUCAUUCUUCGCCUGCCUGCAUCCACUGAGCGUGGAGAGACCUAUCUUUCCUCCAACACAAGGUCGUCUUGCGCCAUCGCUUGACUCGCCGCAAUCCAUUAUGGCCACAGACAUUGCUCCCUAUGUGAGAUCCAUCACUGCAUUCGACUACAGGCUAGAGCAGCAAAGAAACGAGCUAGACUCCUCGCAGGGAAAAAAGAGCAGGACUACAAGAGCUGCUCGUGCAGCUGUAGAAGGUGGAGACAAGUCCACUACGAGAAGAGAUCGAUGGUUUCCUGCAGACCUCGACAUGCAAGCUGUGCUGCGAACUGGUAACGGUUGGCCACAAUGGCUUUUAGGUUCCGAGUUAGAGCAUGAGUCGAGCUCUGGUCUGCCUACACCAUGUUGA